AUCACAAUACGGCUCCUCUAUUAACCCUUCAACAAUGUUUUUUACCAGAGUUGCACUGAGAAGUGGCUCCUUUAAUGAACUCGCCAGACGUUCAGCUCCGCCGGGUGUUUGCUGAUUGCUGCUGGCUAGUCUGAAGGAUCAGAGUCACUGGGGAGGGGGGCUCUGUUCGUCCUCAGUGGCGGAGCUGGGUCCACCCAGAUGUUUCCCACAGCUGAACGGUUGCCAUGGAGAUUAAAGGAUUUCUCAAUCAAAACAACACUCCAGAACAAGCUGAAGUCCCUUCAGAAGGACAAAGUUCGUCAGUUUAUCAUUUUUACACAAUCCAACGAGAAGACUGCGGUGGCCUGCUUGUCUCAGAAUGACUGGAAGCUAGACGUUGCCACGGACAAGUUUUUCCAGAACCCAGAGCUCUACGUUUCAAAUACUAAGGGGGGCUUGGACAAGAAGAGGCUGGAGCAGCUGUUCAACAGAUACAGAGAAACUCACGAUCACAACAAAAUAGGCGUUGACGGGAUCCAGCUGUUCUGCGAUGACCUGGGUCUGAAUCCAGCCAGUAUAAGUGUCCUCCUCAUAGCGUGGAAGUUCAGAGCAGCAACACAGUGCGAAUUUUCCAAACAGGAGUUCAUGGACGGCAUGACCGAACUGGGGUGUGACAGCACAGAGAAGCUGAAAUCUCAGCUGCCAAAGAUGGAGCAGGAGUUAAAGGACCAGGGCAAAUUUAAAGGCUUUUACCAGUUUACGUUUGAUUUUGCCAAGAAUCCUGGUCAGAAGGGAUUGGACCUAGAUAUGGCGAUUGCAUACUGGAAUUUAGUCCUGGCUGGGAGAUUCAAGUUCUUGGAUUUGUGGAACCAGUACUUACUUGAGCCUGGCCCGUCCUCAUAGAUGACUUUGUAGAAUUUGCACGGUCGCACAUCGGGACCAAAAGCUCCAGAGUUUGAGGUACAACUGAUGGAAGAGUUCACAGUUUGUUGAGCAUGUCAAGCAGGGAUUAUGACGCCUUUCAAACACUCAGGACUAAAAUGUUGUGUUUUUUUUUUUCACAUCAGAGACUUUAUAUAAGUGGUGUUUGUGACCUGCAGAGGAGAAAAGAAAGGCCCAUCUUUGUUGUUUGUGGUUGAUGAGUCUAAAGACUUCAGGAUGUUUUAUGUGCGCUCAAGCCAGCUGGAGAACCAUCACCGUUUCCCGGUCGUGGUCGUCUUUGAAGAACACGUGGAUUUGCUUUGAAAUUCUAUUGGAAAUUCUUGUCUUCUUAAAGGGAUAUUGCAUUUUAAUACUGAUGUACAUUUCUUGUUUUUGUUCUUUUGUGUGUGUGUGUGUGUUAUGAUGCGUCUGUACAUCGAGCCAGUUUAAAGCACUGGAAUGUUUAAAAACGGUACUGUUUAAAAAUAAUUAAGGGAUAAAUAAAAGUGACCAUUUGCUCUCAUAAUUUUUUUUGCCUCAUUUUAAGAAGUCUACUUAGCGGAAGCAGCAUGAAUUUAAAUCAUAUAUUCCAGUUUUAAAUACAGAAUUUUUAAACAUUUUAUUUUUGAAUCUCACUUUUGUGGCAUACCUAUGGAUGUAUGUCCACAGACAUUAUCUGUGUCUCUUCUUUAAUACAAAUAUUCCCUUCUGAUGUGAAAACUA